AUGAUGAUGGCUCUGGCGUUGGCUUUCCAGCUGAGUGCCGCCUUUGCCGUGUCCACCGGUGCGUCUUCGCCCUUGGUGGACACACCGGCUGGAACGUUGCGAGGGACGCUGGAGGGAGAGGUGCACGUCUUCAAAGGCAUUCCCUACGCCGAAGCGCCAGUGGGUGACCUGCGCUGGCGGCCGCCGGUGGCGGCCAAGCCAUGGGAUGGCGUGCGUGAUGCUUCGAGCUUUGGGAAUUAUUGCCUACAGAAGGAGGCCACCGGCAUUUGGCAUUUGCGCAGCCAGGGUGGCAGUGAAGACUGUCUCUACUUGAAUGUCUACGUCCCUCCCGAUGUGCAGCCUAACGCCUCUCUUCCAUGUCUUGUGUGGAUCCAUGGGGGUGGCUUCGAGCUCGGUGCAGGAGAGCUCUACAAUGGAAGUGACCUGGUGAGCUUCUGGCGCACCCGAAAUGUCUCAGCCUUGGUGGUGACGCUGAACUAUCGCCUCAAUGUCUUUGGCUUCUUGGGCAGUGAGCUGUUGAGAGAUAGAGAUCCUUUGAGAUCCACUGGAAACUACGGCAUGCAGGAUCAGCGCAUGGCUUUGCAAUGGGUGCAGAAGAACAUCGCGGCCUUUGGUGGUGAUCCCAAGAAGGUGAUGAUCUUUGGGCAAUCCGCCGGAGCUGGCAGUGUGUCUGUACAGCUGUCCAUGCCGCGCUCGCGGGGUUUGUUCUCCUCAGCACUGAUGGAAUCUGGAGGCUUCAGCGGUUGGGCUGGCCAGCCUAUGCGCUACAGUGAGUUGUGGAUCUCCCGCGUGAUGAACCACAGCAGGUGUGCAAGCGUCUCCUGUUUGUUGCAGCUGCCGGCGGUCGAGCUGCGCGACGCGUAUCUGGCGAUCCCCAACGGACAGUGUUGCAAGCAGCUCUUUGGAAACCCCAUGAUCCCAUGGGCCCCCACGGUGGACAACGUGGAGCUCUUCGAACAUCCCUUCGACCUGGCGCUGGAGCAGAAGGUUCCUGAUGUACCUUUGGUGCUUGGGACCAACACUGACGAUGGCGCGGAGUUCUUCUCAGAGUUGAACCUUACCAGUGAGGAGUUUCCUGGCCGCUUCAUGGAAAAGUUUGCGGGCCCCGGCGCCUCUGCUGCGGAGAAGCUCUAUGCGUCAGAGGUGCAUCCGACCUUGCAGGGCCUCGGCGACGGCUGGUGGGACGCGGAGCGCGUCGUGACGGAUCAGAAUUUCUUUUGCACCACCCGACGGACGGCCCAGCGGCUCGCGCAGAAACGGCCUGUCUUCCAGUACUUGUUCAACCACUCCGCCAAGAAUGGCCCGGUGGUGUCUCACAACGACGAGCUGCCUUUCGUGUGGCGUGGUUUGAAGAUGCACCUCAGCACCGAGGAGUGGAAACUCUCCGCAGAGGUCGCGAUGUCGUGGUACCACUUUGCUGCCACUGGGAAUCCCAGCACGGAUGUUUUAACAUGGCCGCAGAUCCAGGGCCAGGCCCCGACGCUCAUGUUGAAGUUCCAAGUGGCCUCCCAGGGUGGCAACGAGGUGAUGGAUGCGGGGUAUCGAGAUGAGCAAUGCAACUUCAUGAUUGGUUGGUUGAACCGCAGCUUAGAGCGUUGGGCGCCGGUGGACUUUUACAUUUGA